GAAAUUUUCUAGGGGAGAAAAAAUUAUCAGAAGGGUUAAGGAUGGGGAUGGAGGGAUUGCACGGUAUGUCAAACUCGUCCCACCCCCAGGAAGCCUAUAACCGGCGCGCCCCUCUCCGCCUUUGCGGGCGGGAGGCUCAGGCUGGGCGGGCGGGAAGGUUGGUAAGCUGGCGGGCUGGGCGGGCGGGGCGAGCCUGGGGGGGCGGGCAGAGCCGGGGAAGCAGAGCCUCCUUAUAAAGCAGGUCCCUGCAGGGCCCCUGCAGCGAGGUAGCGGAGGGUGCGCUCCUACCCUAGCCGGUUCUUUCCUUUGGCGCGCUUUGCUUUGACACCUGCAGCUCAGGCGCUCGCGUUCCGAGCUUCCAGACGCACUCUCACUCUUGUCCACGAGUUACUGCCCCACGGUACUGCUUCCCUACUCGGAACCAUGGGCCGUCAGAAGGAGCUAGUGUCGCGCUGCGGGGAGUUGCUGCGGGUCCGGUACCGGCUGCUGCGCCAGGCUCUCGCUGAAUGCCUCGGGACACUCAUACUGGUGAUGUUUGGCUGUGGCUCUGUGGCCCAGGUUGUGUUGAGCAGAGGAACCCACGGUGGCUUUCUUACCAUCAACCUGGCUUUUGGCUUUGCAGUCACACUUGGUAUCCUUAUUGCUGGCCAAGUGUCUGGGGCCCAUCUAAAUCCAGCUGUGACCUUUGCUAUGUGCUUCCUGGCAAGGGAGCCCUGGAUCAAGCUGCCCAUCUACACAUUGGCCCAGACUGUGGGAGCCUUCCUAGGAGCUGGAAUUGUCUUUGGGCUGUACUAUGAUGCAAUUUGGUCCUUUGCUGGUAAUGAACUUUUUGUCUCUGGCCCCAAUGGUACUGCCGGCAUCUUUGCUACCUACCCCUCUGGCCACUUGGACAUGGUCAAUGGCUUCUUUGACCAGUUCAUUGGUACAGCAUCACUCAUCGUCUGUGUGUUGGCUAUUGUGGAUCCCCACAACAACCCCGUUCCCCGAGGUCUGGAAGCCUUUACUGUUGGCUUUGUGGUUCUGGUCAUUGGUACAUCCAUGGGCUUCAACUCUGGAUAUGCUGUUAACCCAGCUCGAGAUUUUGGUCCCCGCCUCUUCACUGCCAUUGCUGGCUGGGGUUCUGAGGUCUUCACAACGGGUCGGCACUGGUGGUGGGUGCCCAUCGUUUCACCACUUCUUGGUUCCAUCUGCGGAGUUUUUGUCUAUCAGCUCAUGAUCGGAUUUCACCUGGAGGUUCCCCCUCCUUCCACAGAGCAGGAGAAUGUCAAGCUGUCUCACGUGAAACACAAAGAACAGAUCUGAGUUGGAAGUUACAGCUCCCUCUCCCUCCAAGACCUCCAUUCCUUCCCCUAGGAACUAACACUGAUAGGACUGUGCCGGAGAUAUACCCCCAAAGCCUCCACUUCUCUAGUCUUCCUUCCUCCCACUCCUCUGACUCUUAAGAGAUCCUUUUUUGAGGAUUAUGUUUAGCAAUAAUGCUUAAAAAAAAAUCCUCUUCAAACCUCUCUCCCUACUUAGGGGUUAAUGAAUCUUGGUGAAUCAUGGUCAGUGUGUAUUUACAAUGGAUAUUGGACUUAAGCCCUGUCCUGAGAUUGCCAGACCUGAAGUAGGAUAUUUGCCAGAAAUAAUAAAUCGGUUUGAGUUCUUGGAAGUUCCUCCAGAGGAAAAAAGGAGAGGGAAAGGCAAAAGCUAGGAGCUCAGCAGAUGUGUGAAAGGGUUCAGAUAUGUGAGAAAUACUUAGAUGGGAAGGGAGUUACAGAUAGACCAGGGUAUUUUAACUUUAGGAAAGUCCCAAAUUCAUUCAUCCAUUCCAGAUAUGGAAGAGGCUCAAAUGAAAGGGAUUCUAAAUGGAGAUGUGUUAGAUGUAUGAGAGACAGUGCAAAGUGUAUGGAAAGUUCAAAUGUACACAUGUAUGUAUGUGUGUAUCUGCACUGUGCACCCAUGCAUGGCAGGUAUGACCAAUUAUAGAUGUGUGUCAAUUGAGAUUUGUAUAUAAGGGAGAGGGUAAAUAUAGAUAUAUAUAUAUAUGUCCUAGAAAGGAGAGAGACCCAGAAGUAGAUGAUCUUGCUAGACUUUGGUGAAGGGGAGUCAGGGAGAGCAAAAGAACCUCUUGAGGGAGACAUUAAUUUCCUGGGGGUAUGUAUGUUGGGGGGAAGCUCACAACUUGAGGUUCAGAGCUCUGUGCAUAGGCAGAAGCCAUUAUUUGCAUGUUCAGAGUCUGAUCCAUAACCUCAGGGGGUGGAUGCUAAGUACAGGUAUGUUUCAUUUUGGCAGAUGUUACAGCGGGGAUUGGGGGCCUUUCUUCCCAAUGCCCCUUAUUCCUUGCUCCUAGGUGUUCUCAUUCCCCUGGGCAUUCCCAGGAUGGGUCAAAUGAGGGUACCUAUUCCUUAAAUACUCCUUAUUCACUGUGUGGAUACCCCUACCCCAAUACACUUUGUUGAAUUUUUUUUUAAAUAAAGACAUUUACACAGAAAACAUCAA